AUGAAGCUUAAGACGUUGAGUCCUCGGAUUCUGUCAGAUGCCAAUGUCAAAGCGAAGUCUUUUAAUGGAAGUUUUUUACCAGAGACUCUGGUUGGUAAUUCAGAUUUUUUUCAUGAAAUAUUCAAAGAAAUAUUUAAGUUUCCAAAAACUUUGAAGAAGAAGAAGGAGGAGGAGGAAAUGGGAAAAAGUUUGAGUAUGGAGUAUAAUUGUUGA